AUUCCUCUACUUGGUCCACGGGCACAGAUUAAAACCUCCACUAAUGCUAGUUAGUUGCAAUUGAAACCUUCAAUUGACUUUCUACGGAGAUGAACGAACAACGAACUAGCCAAGGACCACCGCGCAACACCACGAGGACCACUAGGGUGGUCGGCCGUGGGUGAGAGGGGAGAGAGAGGCCCGUGAGUUUGAGAAAGGAAAGGACUUUGGAUGAUGGUUGCUUAGAUUCACAAUUCACUGUAUGUUAAUUGUGACUUAAUUAAUCAACCCUAGGCAUGACUAUUAUUUAUAGAUCAUAUCUCUAAAUAAUAGUCCAAGUCAAAGCCCAAUUCCUAAUCCCACUCAAACUACACUUAGCCCAAUCAUACUUAUGACUAAUUAAAUGCUCAUGAGGCCCAUUAAUGGGCCUCUAACUUGCUUAACCCAUUACCCUUGUGUGUGACCUUAUAGGAUCCAUUCUAAAGGGCUUUGGACUAUUUAACUAGCCCAAAGAUCAUCUCUCAUAGUCUAGCAAUAGAGGAUGACGCCCCAAUAGGAUGAAAUUAUUAUCUCCAUAAUAGUAAUCCUUGAUAUAUCUAGUAAUUGCACUUAUCGAAGACACAAUUCCUUCAAGUUCACCUGUCCAGCAACUCACACCCACUUGUGAGCCUGUUGUGACGCUAGAACCCAUCAGCGAGCAGCCCAGUCCAGCUUCUGGGUCGGCUUCUUCUUCUGGCCCAAGGCCAUCUUCCUCCUUGCCCACUUCUCAAACACAAACCACCCCAAAUCAAUUCCCUCCACAAAAUAUUCCUCAACAGCCUACUGUCAUAACUCGUAGCCGUAAUGGAAUUUUUAAGCCAAAUAAAAAGUAUUCCAUGCAUACUGCGGUUCAGGGGUCUCCAUUGCCUCGUAACCUGGUUGCGGCUCUUCGUGACCCAAAUUGAAAAAUGUCCAUGGAUGAUGAAUAUAAUGCUCUUAUUGAAAAUAAGACGUGGGAGUUGGUGCCCCGUCCUCCGCAUGUGAAUGUUAUUUGAUCUAUGUGGAUUUUCACUCAUAAAGUUAAAUCUAAUGGUGAUUUUGAGAGGCAUAAAGCCCGUCUUGUAGGUGAUGGAAAAACACAACAGGUUGGCAUUGAUUGCGGUGAGACAUUUAGUCCGGUGGUGAAGCCGGCUACUAUUCGUACUGUUCUCAGUCUAUCUCUUUCGAAGGAAUGGUCGAUUCAUCAGUUGGAUGUCAAAAAUGCCUUUCUUCAUGGUGAGUUGCAGGAAACUGUGUAUAUGCAUCAACCCUUAGGUUACAGGGAUCCUGGCCAUCCAGAUUAUGUUUGCCUCUUGCGUAAGUCAUUAUAUGGACUGAAGCAAGCCCCUAGAGCUUGGUACAAGCGUUUUGCAGAUUAUGUGUUGUCUCUUGGUUUUACUAACAGUAAAAUGGAUAAUCCGUUGUUUAUUUAUCAAAAGGGGUCUGAUAUGGCAUACAUUUGACUCUAUGUUGAUGAUAUAAUUCUCACUGCUUCUUCUGAUACUCUCCGUUGUUCUAUUAUGGAUCUUCUGAGCUCUGAGUUCGCUAUGAAGGAUCUUGGUCCUUUGAAUUAUUUUCUGGGAAUUGUUGUGACCCGGAAAAGGGGGGGGUAUGUUUUUAUCUCAACGGAAAUAUGCCGAUGAGAUAAUAGAGCGAGCAGGGAUGUCUUCGUGUAAACCAUCUCCUACUCCGGUUGAUACGAAGCCUAAGGUUAGUGCUACAUCUAGUACAACAUUUGAUGAUCCCACCCUCUAUCGGAGUCUUGCAGGGGCUCUUCAGUAUCUUACUUUUACUAGGCCGGAUAUUUCUUAUGCUGUUCAACAGGUCUGCUUACAUAUGCAUGAUCCUAGGGUUGAUCAUAUGACUGCUCUGAAAAGAAUUAUUCGGUAUGUUCAGGGUACAUUGGAGUACGACCUCCAUUUAUAUCCAUCUUCUUUUUCUACUCUGGUCUCAUAUACUGAUGCAGAUUGGGGUGGGUGUCCCGAUACUCGACGAUCUACUUCUGGUUAUUGUGUAUUUUUGGGUGACAAUUUGGUGUCUUGGUCAUCAAAACAACAACCAACAGUGUCGAAAUCGAGUUCAGAGGCAGAAUACCGUGGGGUGGCAAAUGUUGUUUCCGAAUCAUGUUGGCUUCAGAACCUUCUCUUGGAGUUACAUUGUCCGAUUAAUAAGGCCACUCUUGUUUAUUGUGACAAUGUCAGUGCAAUUUAUUUAUCAGGAAAUCCAAUUCAACAUCAACGGACAAAACAUAUAGAAAUGGAUAUUCAUUUUGUCAGGGAAAAAGUUGCUCGGGGUGAAGUCCGAGUGCUUCACGUGCCUUCACGACAUCAAAUAGCUGACAUCUUUACUAAAGGCCUUCCUCUAGUAUUGUUUGGAGAUUUUAGGGACAGUCUCAGUGUCCGUAGCCCUCCCGCUUCGACUGGGGGGUGUGUUAAAUAUAGUAUAUAUUGUAAUUAGUCAAAGAAGAUAUUUGUUCCUAAUAUGUCUUCUAUAGUUGCCGUAUAUAGUGGAGUUAGUCAAAGUUGUUAGCUUUGUAAUUAUCCUAGCUUGAGUUAAGCCUAUUAUCAAGGCUGUAGUUGUGUAUAUAUACGGUGAUCCAAUUGAUCAGUAUUCAAGGAAAACAUUGUCCAAUCUUUCAAUAACCAUUGAUGUACCCAAGCUUCCAUGCCACUUACCUUCCUUAUCAUCACCAUCCCGAGUCAUUCCCAUCUUACAACCCACGAACCAAUCCAAAAACCGCAGUUAAGAGUGGUGAUAAAUUGGUGAUUGCCAUAAGGUUCUGCAAACACGAUGGUUGGUUGGUAGUUUGGGUCGGGGUGUGUGGUGGUUUGGCAGGUAACAUGACAGUAUAAAAGGAUUUUGAAUUUAAAAGUAAAAAUUUUAAAAAGUUAAUCACUAAAAGUCAAAAUGUAGCAAACAAAAGUAGAACAAUAUGUUUAGAGGGAGCAUCCAAGGUUUUUUUUUUUUUAAAAAAAAAGAAGUCUUAAAGGACAU